AUGCAACCAAACGGAAAUGUUGAUAUUGAAAUGGGUGCCGUACCAGCUGCUCAGGCACAGACUGCGAAAAAGCGGUUAUCUGUUGAAAGAAUAUAUCAAAAGAAGACACAGCUGGAACAUAUUCUUAUCCGUCCUGAUACCUAUAUUGGCACUAUCUCUCGAACAACGACGACGAUGUGGGUUCAUGAUAAAUCGACAAAUUCUAUGAUUCAGAAGGAAAUUACAUACACUCCCGGCCUUUAUAAAAUUUAUGACGAAAUUCUAGUGAAUGCUGCUGAUAAUAAAAUCAGAGAUCCAUCAAUGAGUUGUAUUAAAAUUGAUAUCAAUCCUGAGGAGAAUCUUAUCCGAAUAUGGAACAACGGUGCAGGUAUUCCUGUUGUGCACCACAAAGUGGAGAAUAUGUAUGUGCCCUCACUGAUCUUCGGACACUUGUUGACAUCAAGUAAUUACGACGACACUGAACAGAAAGUCACCGGUGGCCGAAAUGGCUACGGUGCAAAGUUGUGCAACAUUUUCAGCAAGAAGUUCAUUGUUGAGACAUCCAGCAAAGACCACAAGAAGUGCUUCAAACAAACUUGGGUGGAUAAUAUGACUAAGACAUCGGAGCCAAAGAUCAAACCUUCCUCUGGGGAGGACUAUACCUGCAUUUCCUUUUAUCCUGAUCUUGAGAGAUUCGGUAUGACGGAACUGGACGCAGAUACAGUGGCUCUCUUUGAGAGACGUGCUUAUGAUGUGGCUGCUUCGACUCGAGGCGUUAAGGUUUUUCUUAAUGGUGAAAGAGUUCCCAUCAAAAGUUUCAAGGACUAUAUUGAUUUGUAUCUCAAGGACAAAGCUGAGGAUGGUACAAAUGUCCCUGUUGUUUACGAAGUCGUGAACCCCCGCUGGGAGAUUGCCGUGGCACCGAGUUCCGUUGGUUUCCAGCAAGUCAGUUUUGUUAAUAGCAUUGCAACCACGAAGGGCGGUCGACAUGUCGAUUACAUUGCCGAUCAGGUUGUCAGUAAGUUGGUCGAUAUAGUCAAGAAGAAGUCGGGCAAAUCGGGUGUCGCCAUCAAGAACUUCCAAGUUCGCUCCCACAUGUGGGUUUUCAUCAAUUGUCUUGUUGUCAAUCCAACCUUCGACUCACAAACCAAGGAAUUUAUGAGUCUGGAGUCUAAAAACUUCGGCUCUACUUGCCUACUCAGUGAAAAAUUUAUGGUUCAAGUCUCCAAAUCGGGAAUAGUUGAGAGCAUUCUCUCCUGGGUACGCUACAAAGCUCAAGAGAAGAUGGAUAAACAGUGCCACAAACAGAAACAUGCUAAAUUGAAAGGUAUCCCGAAGCUGGAUGAUGCCAACGACGCGGGAACAAAGAAUUCAAUUAAUUGUACUCUCAUUCUCACCGAGGGAGAUUCAGCCAAAACCUUAGCGGUGGCUGGUCUCUCAGUGGUCGGUCGUGAUCGAUAUGGUGUCUUUCCAUUGAAGGGUAAAUUGCUCAAUGUGCGCGAAGCCCCGACACGUCAAAUUAUGGAGAAUGCAGAAAUCAACAAUCUUAUUAAGAUUCUUGGUCUUCAGUAUAAAAAUAAGUAUGAAACUCGAGAGUCUUUGUCGAACCUCCGUUAUGGAAAAGUCAUGAUAAUGACCGAUCAGGAUCAGGACGGUUCCCAUAUUAAGGGCCUUCUUAUCAGUUUCGUCCAUCACAAUUGGCCCAACUUGUUACGGCACAACUUCUUGGAACAGUUUAUCACUCCCAUUGUAAAGGCAUUCAAAGGCAAACAGGAGCUCUCUUUCUACAGUAUCCCCGAGUUCGAGGAAUGGCAGAAAGCAACUCCAAAUUGGCACACUUUCAGGGUGAAGUACUACAAGGGUUUGGGUACAUCUUCUAGCAGGGAAGCCAAGGAAUAUUUCUCUGAUAUGGCCCGUCAUCGAAUUCGUUUCAACUACAGCGGUCCCGAGGAUGAUAAUGGAAUCAUGCUAGCCUUUAAUAAAAACAAAAUCAAUGACAGAAAACAAUGGCUAACAUCCUGGAUGGAAGGUAGACGCAGACGCUUGGAAUUAGGACUUCCAGAGGAUUAUCUCUAUGGUGUGGGUACACACGCUGUCACUUACCACGAUUUCAUCCAUAAAGAGCUUGUUCUCUUUUCAAAUAUGGACAAUGAACGCUCUAUUCCCUCUUUGGUGGAUGGUUUAAAACCAGGCCAGAGAAAGGUCAUUUUCACCUGCUUGAAACGCAAUCAAGUGAAAGAAAUCAAGGUGGACCAAUUGUGCGGUGCUGUCGCAGAAAUGUCCGCCUAUCACCAUGGUGAAAUGUCGCUGAUGGGAACUAUUAUUAAUCUGGCUCAGGAUUUUGUUGGUUCUAAUAAUCUCAAUCUCCUGCUUCCUAUCGGUCAGUUCGGUACUCGAUUGUCGGGUGGUAAAGAUUCCGCUUCUGCCCGUUACAUCUUCACGGUGUUGAGUCCCCUGACUAGAAAAGUGUUCCAUGAAAACGAUGACGCUAUCCUCAAUUACCUUCAGGAUGAUAAUCAGAGGAUUGAACCCGAAUGGUAUAUUCCUAUUAUCCCUAUGGUGCUUAUUAACGGUGCGGAGGGUAUUGGUACCGGGUGGAGUACCAAGGUUCCCAACUAUGACACACUUGAGGUUAUCUCUAAUCUUCACCGUAUGCUAGAUGGCUUGGAUCCCCGUCCAAUGUUGCCGAGUUACCGAGGUUACCAUGGCAAGAUUGUGGAGGUGGGUGAAAAUCGAUACAUCUUCUUUGGUGAGGUUGCUGUCUUGGAUGAUCAAACGGUGGAAAUCUCAGAACUUCCAGUGAAGGUUUGGACUCAAACCUAUAAGGAACAAGUGCUUGAGACCAUGCUUAAUGGGAGUGAGAAGGUUCCCGUCUCCAUCACAGACUAUAAAGAAUAUCACACCGAUGUUACUGUCCGUUUCGUUAUCACAAUGACCCAAGACAAGCUUCGUGAAGCCGAGACUGUUGGCCUUCACAAGUUCUUCAAACUCGCAGUUCCCUGCACCACAAACUCAAUGGUUCUUUUCGAUAAGGCUGGUUGUCUGAAACGCUACAACUCCGCCCAAGAGAUUCUUCAAGACUUCUACACCCUGCGUUUGGAGCUUUACGACAAACGCAAGUCCUAUUUAAUCGGCAUGCUCUCCGCGGAAGCCAGACGCCUUGAAAAUCAAGCUCGUUUUGUGAUGGAGAAAAUCGAUGGAAAGAUUACUAUAGAGAAUCGCGCCAAAAAGGAUUUGGUGCUUCUUCUGAAGGAUCACAAGUACGAUCCGGAUCCUGUUAGGGCUUGGAAAGAGUGUGUGGAUAAGAUGGCUGCUAUAGAAGACGCUGCCGCGGCUAGACAACAAGCUGGAGAAGCACCUGAAGAGGUUGCGGAAGGCGAUGAAACACACGUCUCUAAAUUGGCAACUGAUUACAACUAUAUCCUCGGAAUGCCUCUUUGGAGCCUUUCUAAAGAGCGCAAGGACGAUCUCCUUGCACAGCGAGAUAAGAAACGUGCUGAGCUGAAAGUCAUCAUGGAGAAAUCCAAUAAGGAUCUCUGGAGAGAUGAUCUGAAGGAACUAGAGGCUGCUAUUAAAAAGUACGAGGCGGAUCGUGAUAAAGAGUUGGAAAACUUCAUUGAAACGUCAGAGAAGAAGGCUCUUAAGUUGGCAUUAAGUCAAUCUAAAGGUCGCGCAACAGCUACUAAGGGUGCUGCCUCGGCACUCACAAAAGGUAUGCGUCAGACCCGGCCUGAUCCGAACGGUAGGCGUGUGGAACCGGUGAUUGAUCAAGAGAUGGCAAAAAGAACUGAGGCUCUGGUUUCGAAAGACGCGAAAAGGAAGGCAAAGACCAAUGCUGCUGCAAAUGGUGCUGAUGGCGAUAUUAGGGCAAUAGAAGAUGACUUCCUUGCUGAUUUGGGAGAUGAAGAUAGUCAAUUCGGAGGCGCCGAACCGCCACCUCUUUUCAAGAGACUUAGUGCUACUCUCUCUGACAACAAUAAUGCUGCUGAAAUCCGUGAUCCUUUAGUAGUAUCAAAACGCGGAGGAAGAACAGCUAGAGCCGGCCGUGGUCGCGGAAGAGGUGGUAUCAAAGGAACAGGAAUAACAAGGAAGCUGACACAGAAGAAGCUCGCGUUUGAUACUUCUACGGAGGGCGCUGAUGGAGAAAAUGGCAAAUCUGCUCCUCCUAAAAAGUCCGGUGGGAUACGAGGGAAGCGGGCUUCGCCAAAGAAACCUCGAAAGAAACGGGACGUCUUUGAAAGCUCUGAAUCUGGAGAUGAGUCUGAUGAGGACUUCUCAAUUUCGGGAGAGUCUGAUUAUGCACCUUUCAAGGGUGGUGAAGCUAAGACGAUUUCCCUGGCAGAACGUAUUCGCACUCAAUCCUCCAGACGCACUGCAGCUGAAGCAGCGAAAAAAUUUGCCAUGCUUGAUUCUGACAGUGAGGAACAGGAGGAGAGUGAACAGGAGGUCUUCACAGUGGUUGAUCACGGCCAGGGCAAUAAGGACCUCGAUCUGCCUCCUGUUAGCUCACUUCCUUCAACUCAAGACUCGCAACCAAAUUCCAAAGAGAAAUCCGACACUGAUGCUGGACCAUCGAAAUCGGCUUGGCCAAUAUCCUACAGCAAGUCAGCGGUUACAGAGGCUUCCAAGAAGACGUCCACACGAGGGGGCCGUGGAAGGAGUAAUGGAACAACUAGAGGAAGGGGGAGAGGAGCUUCAAAAUCGACCACCACCACUACUACAGUUUCUAAACGCCCACGUCUGAAUGACAGUGUCGAUGACGCUGAUGAUAUAUUUAACCCUGAUACCACAGACGAAGAUGAAUCUGAUGCAUUUGAUGCAAAUCGAAAGGUUGUGCCCUUCGGCAAACGAAAGAGGAAGCUGGAUUCGGAUAGUGAUGAAGAUUUUGUGCCGGAAUAG